CCUAUCCUUUGCGAAGUAUCUGGAUGGUCUGACGCAUGGGGCACCACUGCUCAAGCAGCUGUGUGACCACAUCCUAUUCAAUGCUGCCAUCUGGAUCCACACCCCUGCCAAGGUCCAGCUCUCUCUGUACACAUACCUUUCUGCUGAGUUCAUCGGCACAGCGACCAUCUACACCACGAUCCGUCGAGUGGGCACAGUGCUCCAGCUCAUGCAUACUCUCAAGUACUACUACUGGGCCAUCAACCCUGCAGACAGCAGUGGCAUCGUGCCAAAGGGCCUUGAUGGACCAAGGCCUACCCAAAAAGAGAUAAUUUCUCUGCGGGCGUUCAUGCUGCUGUUCCUCAAGCAGCUCAUCCUGAAGGACCGAGGUGUGAAGGAGGAUGAGCUUCAGAGCAUCCUGAACUAUUUGUUAACAAUGCAUGAGGAUGAAAAUUUGCAUGAUGUUUUGCAGCUGCUUGUGGCCCUCAUGUCUGAGCAUCCAGCCUCCAUGAUCCCUGCUUUCGACCAGAAAAAUGGAAUACGGGUAAUCUACAAGCUCUUGGCCUCUAAAAGUGAAAGCAUUCGAGUGCAGUCCCUCAAAGUCCUUGGGUACUUCCUAAAGCAUUUGGGCCACAAGAGAAAGGUGGAGAUCAUGCACACACACAGCCUCUUCACUCUCCUGGGUGAGAGGCUCAUGCUGCACACCAACACUGUGACGGUGACAACUUACAACACUCUGUAUGAGAUUCUCACAGAGCAGGUGUGCACACAGGUAGUUCACAAACCGCAUCCUGAGCCUGACUCCACAGUCAAGAUUCAGAACCCAAUGAUUCUCAAGGUGGUAGCCACCCUUUUGAAGAACUCUACCCCCAGCACAGAGCUGAUGGAAGUUCGGCGGCUCUUCCUCUCUGACAUGAUCAAACUGUUCAGCAACAGCCGUGAGAACAGACGGUGUCUGCUCCAGUGCUCCGUAUGGCAGGACUGGAUGUUUUCUCUGGGCUACAUCAACCCCAAGAACUCUGAGGAGCAGAAGAUCACUGAGAUGGUCUACAACAUCUUCCGUAUUCUUCUCUACCAUGCCAUCAAGUAUGAGUGGGGAGGGUGGCGCGUGUGGGUGGACACACUCUCAAUAGCCCACUCCAAGGUGACAUAUGAGGCGCAUAAAGAGUACCUGGCUAAGAUGUAUGAAGAGUACCAGCGGCAAGAGGAGGAAAAUAUCAAGAAGGGAAAGAAGGGCUUGGUCAGCACUAUCUCUGGUUUAUCUGCCCAGGCCGUGGGCAUCAAGGGCGCCAUUGAGAUUCGAGAAAUUGAUGAUAACUCCCAGACACCUGAGAGUGAGGCGGACUAUGAGAGCACUGACUCACGCAAUCUGCUGGCCGAAGGGAAGGGGCCUGAGGAGACCCUCGGUGGAACAGAGGCAACAGUGGAUGGAGUCAGGGUCGAAGUUCAUGACCUUUUGGUGGACAUCAAGGCUGAGAAAGUGGAGGCUACCGAGGUAAAGCUGGACGAUAUGGACUUGUCCUUGGACACUCUCAGAGUGUCUGAGAACGGGGCGCUGGUCGAGGUGGACUCUCUGUUGGAUAAUGUUUACUGUGCUGCUGUGGAAAAACUCAACAGCAAGGUCAACAAUGUGUUGUUACCCAAGGACAGUAUGGAGGACAAAAAUGCAGGCCCUCUGAUUACACUGGAUGAUGACAAGGACAGUAUCCCUAGCAGCAACAACUUCCUGUUUGGCAAGGUGACAGGCAGCAUGGAGGACAAGCUCCUGUCUGAGCUGACUCCAGCAGAGCCUCUCGUCCUGCCCAGCCCAGAGCCUCAAGUACACACCAGUGCCAGUGAUGACUUGGGUCUUCUAGCCCAUAUGACGGGCAGCUCUGAACUGGGCUCCUUGCCCAGCAUCUUAGAAAAGGACGAGUUUAAACUACGGCCAGCCAUGGGGGACAUCAGCGCUAUGGCUGGGAUCGGGGCUGAGGCCUCUUCCAAAGUCGCAGAGGUCACUGAGGGUGCAGCUGUAGCGAUGUCUGAAGAAGACCCGCUGGCUGCAAAGACCAGUAGUGCAGCAGAUGCUGCCAGCACCACUUCUGACACAGAAAGGUCAGACGAUGGCAAGGACAAAGAGAUGAAGAAGAUUCAGACUACAGCCACCACACAGAGUCUACAUGGACGCCUCGCCAGUCAGAUGGAGAGGGACCUGCGUGUGGACCUUGGCUUUAGGGGGAUGCCCAUGACAGAGGAACAGCGUCGGCAGUUCAGCCCUGGCCCACGCACCACCAUGUUCCGCAUCCCAGAGUUCAAAUGGUCACCCAUGCACCAGAGACUGCUCACUGACCUGCUGUUGGCACUGGAGACUGAUGUUCAUGUCUGGAGGAGCCACUCCACCAAAUCUGUCAUGGACUUUGUGAAUAGUAAUGAGAACAUUAUUUUCGUCCACAACACCAUCCACCUCAUCUCACAAAUGGUAGACAACAUCAUUAUCGCCUGCGGAGGGAUCUUGCCCCUACUCUCAGCGGCCACCUCUCCUUCUAGUGCCAAGACGGAGUUGGAAAACAUCGAGGCCACACAGGGCAUGUCGUCAGAGACUGCCAUCACUUUUCUGUCCCGUCUCAUGGCCAUGGUUGAUGUGUUGGUGUUUGCGAGCUCCCUCAACUUCAGCGAAAUUGAGGCUGAGAAGAACAUGUCCUCAGGUGGCCUCAUGCGCCAGUGCCUCAGACUUGUCUGCUGUGUUGCUGUAAGAAAUUGUCUGGAGUGCAGGCAGAGACAGAGGGACAGGGGGGCCAAGUCAUCUAUACCUAACAGCAAGACUCAGGAAACCCUGCAUAGUGCUGUGGCUUCCAGCAAGACAGCCAUAGAGAAUGUCCCCAGUAACCUCUCUCCCAUCAAGGACCCUGAUCGCCUUCUGCAGGAUGUGGACAUCAAUCGGCUACGUGCCGUGGUGUUCCGUGAUGUGGAUGACAGCAAGCAAGCCCAGUUCCUGGCUUUAGCUGUGGUGUACUUCAUCUCUGUCCUCAUGGUUUCCAAGUACCGGGACAUCCUGGAGCCCCAACGUGAGACUCCCAGGAUAAGUAACCAGUCAGGUCGCAGCAUGCGUCAGGAGAUCAACUCACCCACCAGCACAGAGAACCCUGUAGCAUUUGACAGCAGUAAGGAUCAGCCUACACCAUCAGAGGACCUCCAUAUUGAGAGCUCCCUUCCGCACACAGAUUCGGGCAUUGGGGAGGAGCAAGUUGCCAGCAUCCUAAACGGCUCUGACCUGGACCACGGCAACGGCGGGCCAGAUGCCAUGAGCGAGCUCUUGUCCACCCUCUCCUCAGAAGUAAAGAAGUCCCAGGAGAGCCUGUCCGACUCACCCAGCGUUGAGGUGCUGAAGCCACCCUCUUCCAUCUCCAGUAUCAGCCAGGCCAACAAAGGGAUCAAUGUCAAGGAGAUCCUAAAGAGCCUGGUUGCUGCACCUGUGGAGGGCAUGGAGGCUGGGCUGGAGCCUGUGUGCUACCCAGACCCCGCUGCCCAGGCCCAGGCCGUGCUGCCCAUGCAGUUUCACUCCUUUGACAGGAGUGUGGUGGUGCCAGUGAAGAAGCCUUCCCCUGGCAGCCAAGCAGUUAUUACAGUGGGAAGCACCAACAGCUCCACUGGGCAGACAGCUGGCAGCACCCCCAACAUUUUUGCAGCAGCCUCCACUACCCCCAAAAGCAUGAUCAACACAACGGGAGCCACAGAUGCUGCCCCCUCUUCCUCCUCUUCCAGUUUUGUGAAUGGAGCCACUAGUAAGAAUCUGCCAGCUGUGCAGACAGUGGCCCCCAUGCCUGAAGACACAGUGGAGAACAUGAGCAUUACUACCAAGCUGGAAAGGGCUUUGGAGAAGGUGGCGCCCCUGUUGAGAGAGAUAUUUGUGGACUUUGCACCCUUCUUGUCGCGCACCCUGCUAGGCAGCCAUGGACAGGAGUUGCUCAUAGAAGGUCUGGUGUGUAUGAAGUCAAGCACCUCAGUGGUGGAGCUUGUCAUGCUGCUUUGCUCUCAGGAGUGGCAGAACUCCAUACAGAAGAAUGCUGGUCUAGCCUUUAUUGAGCUAAUCAAUGAAGGACGGCUGUUGUGCCAUGCUAUGAAGGACCAUAUUGUUCGAGUUGCCAACGAGGCUGAGUUCAUCCUGAAUAGACAGCGGGCAGAGGAUGUCCACAAGCACGCUGAGUUUGAGUCCAACUGUGCCCAGUACACUGCGGACAGAAAAGAAGAAGAGAAGAUGUGUGAUCACCUGAUCAGUGCUGCUAAACACAGAGACCACGUGACAGCCAACCAGUUGAAACAGAAAAUCGUCAACAUCCUCACCAACAAGCAUGGUGCCUGGGGGACGCUGGCCCAGAGUCAGCUGCAUGACUUCUGGCGUCUUGACUACUGGGAGGACGACCUGCGCCGUAGGCGGAGAUUUGUCAGGAACACAUUUGGCUCCACCCACUUGGACAUCACAUGCAAGUCACUGCAGGACUAUGGCACGGAGGAGGAUGAGGUGGUCAAAUCCAGGAAAGCCUUCCGCAGCCAAGCCAUGGCCAACCAGAACCCAGAGACAGAGUUGAUGCUGGAAGGAGAUGAUGAUGCUGUCAGCCUGCUGCAGGAGAAGGAGAUGGACAACCUGGGUGGCCCAGUGGUCCUGAGCACCCCGGCCCAGCUUGUUGCCCCGGUCCUGGUGGCCCGCGGGACUCUGUCCAUCACCACCACUGAAAUCUAUUUUGAGGUGGAUGAGGACGACCCUGCCUUCAAACGGGUCGACUCAAGAGUGUUGGCGUACACUGAGGGUCUGCACGGCAAAUGGAUGUUCAGCGAGAUCCGGGCGGUCUUUUCCAGACGCUACCUCCUGCAGAACACGGCGAUGGAGGUCUUUAUGGCCAACAGAACAUCAGUCAUGUUCAACUUCCCCGACCAGGCCACAGUGAAGAAAGUCAUCUAUAGUCUUCCUCGGGUGGGAGUGGGCACCAGCUAUGGCCUCCCACAAGCCAGGCGCAUCUCCCUAGCCACCCCUCGGCAGCUUUUCAAAUCCUCCAACAUGACCCAGCGCUGGCAGAGGAGAGAGAUCUCCAACUUUGAGUACCUCAUGUUCCUAAACACCAUCGCAGGGAGAACUUACAAUGACCUGAACCAGUACCCGGUCUUUCCCUGGGUCCUCACCAACUACGACUCCGAGGAGCUGGACCUGACCUUGCCAGGGAACUUCAGAGAUCUCUCAAAGCCUGUUGGUGCCCUGAAUCCGAAGCGUGCAGCGUUCUAUGCCGAACGCUAUGAGUCAUGGGAAGAUGACCAAACUCCACCUUAUCACUAUAACUCCCACUACUCCACUGCUGCCUCCACCCUGCAGUGGCUCAUCAGGAUAGAACCCUUGACUACGUUCUUCCUCAGUGUCAAUAACAACAAAUUUGACCAUCCUGACCGCACCUUUUCAGCCAUCGCCCGCUCCUGGAGGAACUGUCAGAGAGACACCUCUGAUGUGAAGGAGCUGAUUCCAGAGUUUUACUACCUCCCAGAGAUGUUUGUCAACAGCAAUGGCUACCAUCUGGGCAUGAGGGAGGACAGGACGAUGGUGUGUGAUGUGGACUUGCCAGCCUGGGCCAAGAAACCCGAGGACUUUGUCAGGAUAAACAGGAUGGCCCUGGAAAGCGAGUUUGUGUCAUGUCAGCUGCAUCAGUGGAUUGACCUUAUUUUCGGCUACAAGCAGCGAGGCCCAGAGGCGGUGCGUGCCCUCAACGUCUUUCACUACCUGACUUACGAGGGCUCCGUCAACCUGGACAGUAUCACUGACCCUUUGCUUAGAGAGGCCACAGAGGCACAGAUUCAGAGCUUUGGACAGACGCCAUCUCAGUUGCUUAUUGAGCCACAUCCUCCACGCAGCUCCGCCAUGCACCUGUGUUUCCUUCCACAGAGUCCUCUCAUGUUCAAGGACCAGAUGCAGCAGGAUGUCAUCAUGGUGUUGAAGUUCCCCUCCAACUCGCCAGUAACACAUGUGGCAGCAAACACCCUGCCCCACCUCACCGUACCCGCCGUGGUCACUGUCACCUGCAGCCGCCUCUUCGCCGUCAACCGUUGGCACAACACCGUCGGUCUCAGAGGAGCGCCAGGCUACUCCCUUGAGCAAGCUCAUCACCUGCCUAUAGAGAUGGAUUCUCUGAUUGCGAACAAUUCUGGAAGCAACAAGCGUCAGAUCACAGACCUAGUGGACCAGAGCAUCCAAAUCACCACACACUGUUUUGUGGUGACAGCUGACAACCGCUACAUCCUGGUGUGUGGCUUCUGGGACAAGAGCUUUCGUGUGUACUCCUCCGAGACAGGCAAGCUGACCCAGAUUGUGUUUGGACACUGGGACGUGGUGACGUGUCUGGCCCGGUCCGAGUCCUACAUCGGAGGAGACUGUUACAUCGUCUCUGGUUCCAGGGACGCUACUCUCCUGCUGUGGUACUGGAGCGGGCGGCACCAUAUCAUCGGCGACAACCCCAAUAACAGUGACUAUCCAGCACCCCGAGCUGUCCUGACUGGUCACGACCAUGAGGUGGUGUGUGUGUCAGUGUGUGCCGAGCUGGGCCUGGUCAUCAGCGGAGCCAAAGAGGGUCCUUGUCUGGUCCACACCAUCACAGGAGACCUGCUGCGGGCUCUGGAGGGGCCAGACAACUGUCAGUGCCCCCGCCUCAUCUCAGUGUCCAGCGAGGGCCACUGCAUUAUCUGCUAUGAGAGGGGCCGCUUCUGCAAUUUCAGCAUUAAUGGAAAACUCCUAGCACAGAUGGAGGUCAACGAUUCUACCAGGGCCCUUCUCCUGAGUAGCGAUGGCCAGAACCUGGUGACAGGAGGGGAUAAUGGAGUGGUGGAGGUGUGGCAGGCCUGUGACUUCAAACAGCUGUACAUCUACCCCGGCUGUGACGCUGGCAUCCGAGCCAUGGACCUAUCGCACGAUCAAAGGACUUUGAUCACUGGCAUGGCCUCUGGCAGUAUCGUGGCAUUUAACAUCGAUUUCAACCGGUGGCACUACGAGCACCAGAACAGGUACUGAGGAGAGAGAGGAGAGGCAGAUCCACGAGGCCCGAAGGCCUGCGUGCUGCCUGAGAGGGAAGCCGACCCACCAGUGACCGCGCUCACCUGCAGAAGAUCCAUGGAAGUCGGGCGGAGGUCCAGUGGGCUGCAGAACAUCAGAACGGUGAAAAGAGAAAAGUAGAUGUGCUUUGGCUACUUCAUCUGGCCUCUGAGGAGAAAUCAUUGUUAUUGGUCUGUCGCUGAACUUUGUAGUCCGAACACAUUUUCUGCUGGUUUUCAGUGUCUUGCCCGAGCACCAGCUGAAGCGUUUGCAAGACAAGGAGUCCAGCAGGUUUGUUGCUCUGGUCUAGGAGAAGACUGAAAUUAACUUAAUUAUAUCAACUCUAUUAUACAGUUAAGUUAAUAAAACAUACGUAAUGUAAGAUUUUACUCAACCUUUGUUCCUAUUUCAAACUGUGAAAAUGCAGACAAAAUAAAUCCUCUGUUAGAAACAUUUAUACAACAUUUGUAUGCCAGAUACAUAUCUUACUUGGGACAUUUUUAUAGGAAAAAAGUAAAAUCAUGUACAUAUGGACAAUGUAAAGUGUUUCUUCCCUGUAAAGGUUGAAAUAAUGAUCAACAUGACAAAAGCUGUUAGAUUAGUCACCAUUUUGACAGUUACCAACAUCUCCAUCAUGUGAGCCAUCUAUUCAUGUCCAAAAAUAUCCUCACUGCACUUUGGAUCUUAGUUGGUUAGUACUAAGUCAUUCCUGUACUGUAUAUGGCCAUUGUUCGCUCAUUGUUACUAACAGUGGUCUGAUGUGUGUGACAAAAAGACAAACUGUCCGAUGCUAAUUUACUAACGUGUUUGGAUGUCUGUAAGGAAGAUUUCAGAGACAAUGUCAGUGUAAGCUGUGUCCGUUGUGCAAAAUAAUUGUUUUUAAUCAUGAUGUCAACAAAAAGGAUGAUAAAUUGUGAUAUUUCCAUACCAUAUUUAUUUAAUAUAGAUAACUAUUUUGUUUAUGAAUGGCAAGGAAUUUCAAAUUACUUUUGUCUGUUUGAUUUUAAAGUGAUCUCAAUGCUUCAUUUGGUACAGCAGUUUCCAUUCCUUUUUUUUUUUUUUUUUUUAAAUAACACGUCCAGAGGAUUUACUAUCCAACUUGGUGAACAGUAUCUCACGACUGUUACGGCGUUUAUGUGUUUGUGGUAGAACUGCAGCACAUUUCUUGCAGGAAGUGUCAUUACCAAAGACAUUCUCCUAUAAUCCUCCGUACUAUGAACGUCUUCAUUACUGCUACACAGCUUUCUGUAUUUCAAUUAACCUGUUUUUGCACAGAUUUUUUUUUUUUUUUUUAUGCUUAUCCAUUAUAAAUGUGAAUUCAUAAACACCAGUUUAUGCUGUAACACCAUGCAAUGGUAAGCAAUAUUUAUGACUUGGUAGCUGGUUAGGGCCCGAGGGAGGCUUUCAGACAAAAAUACAAUCAAGUAGUCGAGUAAUGAACAGGACACACUGUAACAGAAAUGACUGUGGUCAGUUCGUUGAUGAUGUGAAAACUGUUGUUCCACAUUUAAUUGCAGAAUAAAGACGAGGUCAGUCACUGCGAGCUGACAACUUCAAGCAGCGAAAAUACGGCAACUGAUUUUGAGUUUGCAGUUUGAUUUUCCAGCAGUGCUAUCAGACGCCGCCCCACCCAAAGCCAAAGUUUUGCAUGCUAGGAACAACUGAAGGCUCUGGGUUUACUCUCCUCUCCUGUGCACUCAUUUCCAUUAUUACACAUUUAAAAUAGUUUAUUUUGAAUUUCUGAUUAUUGGUUUAUCUGGGUAUUUGGCAGCACGUUUUGAUUUAAUGCCAUAUAUUUUGUUAAGAUACGUUUAUGAUUUAUAUAUUUUAACUGUAUCAAAUGCUUUUGCAUAUGUUGCCAAUGAAGAGGUAGGGUUUGUCCGAAGCUGUGACAUGAACUUAUGCUUAAAACUACAAAUCAAUAACUGUAAAUUAAACUGCUUUCAUUUUUUUUUU